UUCGCGUUAUCCUGAAACAAGUUCCCUUGGAAAGCAAACUAAACUGAAAGCCAGAACACGAACUGAUUUACUGUGCCAGUGCAAAAAGAGUGAACAAAGUGAACUAAUAUUCUGAAAAAUUGAGAUAAAAUUCGAACUUACGCCAUGGAUACUCUGUCACCCAAUAAUGGCUCCAAGUCGAGCUCCAGCGGCAGUUCGGCGGCCAGUUCCUCCAUGGAUCUCGGCAAGCAGCAGCAGAAGGAGAAGUUGCAUCGUCACCCGAGGAAUGGGCCCAAGAAGCUGUCCCGCUCCAGGAGUUUGCUGCAGUUGCUCAGCAGGCACCUGGGCAGGCACUUCCAAAACCAGAACCAGCAGAACGACACGGUCUACAGCAGCCAGGACGAUAUCAGAAGCAGCUCCACGGAUUCCUUCAGCUUGAGCUACGAGCGCGGCAGCCACGAGUGCCCUAUCAAUGGUUCCUCCCUGGACCUGGAGCACACGUCCCGAACCUCGAGUGGAUCGGCCUGCUCCAGAUACUCGCCCGGCCUGGAUUACUACGAUCAGCAGGGACACAUCUAUGUGGAGGCUGUCUACAGACCCGGCAGUGCCAUGGAGCAACUGCAUCCGCAGCUGCACUUCGAGGAGGACACAAGCGAGGAGGGCAGCAGCAACGAGGCGGAGGACGAGGUGGAGCUGCGCCACGACGAGAACGAGAACGAGAACAGCAAGCCUCGAUCCGCAUCAGCCGCGUCCGCCAAGUCAUCGGGACUGCAUCUUAGCCGGAUUUCCAUCUCCUCCUCGGUGAGCCGCAUCCUGCAUCAUUUCUCCAGUCCGACGGGAAAUGCAUCGAUGCGCUCGUUGUCCUGCAGCAGCACUCCACUGCGUCAGCCCAAGAAAUCCCUGUCGCCGAACAACUCGAACAACAGCAGCAGCAGCAGCUCCAGCUCCAAAUCCUCCCGAGCUCCCGCCUCCAAGAAGGAGGACAAGAAGCAGCAGAGCAUCCUACGACCGCCAGUCCAGUACGUCUACAUGAAGGGCAUGUCGGGACUGUAUUCCCGAGUGCCCAGUUAUGCGGUCUGCUAUCCGUACACCCUGCAGCACAUGUACUAAAACACCUGGGGCUACAUAAAAUGGAUGGAAAGCUGCAAGCUGGUUGGGGGUCUUGAACAAUAUACUUAGGAAUUUUCUAGUGAUGUACGAGUAGUGCCUGAAAUCCAGAGAUUUGAGUAGAGGGAGAGUAGUGGGAAGAUAGGGGCGUACGACAAAAAGCAGCAUAUUUUAUAAAUGUGUCCAAGCUGAGUUCGCAAACCCAAUAAGUGUACCUAAAGCCAAGCCCAGAAAAUCAAAAAAACUAUCUAUGUGCUACGAUUUACUCCUUAGACGAUCUAAUUGUCUUCGGAUAAUUUAGGGACUUUCAGUUUACAAACGAAUAAAAAUUCAAUUUAGCUUAAUGGAAAACCAAAUGUUAUUUAGAAGCCCCUCACAUAUCCUUCGAGAAUAGCUCUAGAAAUUACAUUUUCUGAACACCUUAGUUUUAAUUAAUAGUUUUAUUUAAUGAACAAACGAUUUUUGCACUUUUGAACUAGUUUAAAGUAUAUUUUGCACUAAUUUCAACAACUAUUAAAACCAAAACAAAACUUUACGAAUUUAUACAACGGAAAAAAAGAACGGAAGCCAAAUUCUUUAAGAUCACACUAAUAGAGGAACAUUUUACAAUAAUUCACAUUCCAAUAAAUCGAAACUUUUUGUAAAACAAAACCAAUUAUUAUAAAUAAUGCGGAGAUAUCAUGAUGUAAUGUAUAUGGUACGGUAGAUGAUAAUGAAAACUUAGCAAAAUGUUUAGAGCCUAUAUAUUUUUAGAUCCUAACCUAACCUAACAAUUAAGUCUAGCUGUCAAUAAAAUAAAAUAUACAAC